AUGCUUGAUUCUUGAAUGGCUGGGCUAUUUGGGAAUAACUCUUUAGAGCGCGCUACUAGAUCUUUGAAUACCUGACCUCUUGAAAAGCUAAGCUCGUCUUCACCGCAUACAAACACUAUUUUUACUGAAUUUGCAUUUUCAAUUACUGUUUUGAUAACUGAAGCAUUUAUUAUAUUUAUGUCAGAGCCACGAUUGUCCUGGAAGCCAGGGAUAUCAAAAUAUAGAACUCUGUCUAAUUCUAGGUACAAAUUUAAAAUAUUUUAA